GUGAGAGAAACUACAAUGAAAGAGCGACUUUGUGCUUCUCACACAAAGACAGAAGUUAACAUGCAGAAGUUUAGCAUAUAUGUACAACAAAUGAUGGAGGAUUGGAGAUUCAUGCAUUCAUUUCAAACUAGCAAAGUCGCCGCUAAUUCCUUCUCUUGAUUGUUCUUGACGACCUUUCACCCUUUCCAGAAUCUGGUUGGACAAGGGACUUUGAGAGCACUCUCGAGCCCUCCCCACUUCCCCAGGCUGUACGUCUCCGCCAAAUUGCUGCUUGGAGCUAAUAUGUGGAUUAACACGGACAGAAAGCGUGUUGUGACUGGCCUUAGUCCACAGGCCUCUGGACUCUGGUGUUUCUUCCUUCAAUUCUUUCUCUAUUUCUUUGGAUACCCUCCUUGUAAUUCAACUGUUUCCGUCCUCAAAUCAUGAUGAAAGCAGUCUUCGUAUGCAUUUAGUCAAAAAAUAGGAUGAUUGAUUCCUCAAGUCUUGGUCCAAGUAAACGGCCCAGUCCCAGCCAAGUUGUGCUCCUAGACUUUUAUUCCUUGCAUGUCCUAGUCUAUAGCUGGUGCGAAGAAGCUCGCGAAAUAGUGCAAAGCCCAACUGUAGUUUAUAUGCACGCAGACAGGAGACUAGGGAGAGGGAAAAGCUUACUACUGUCCAUAAUUGCUACUGUCAGAUAUGGGUAGCUGCUUGCCAUGGGGAUCAUUGUCUUUGGUGUUGUUUCUCUUGUUACAGUACAUGCUUCACUUAUCCUCUGGCUGCUUCGUGGAGGAGAGGGCUGCACUACUGGACAUCCGGUCCUCCCUGAUAAGAGCGCACUGCCCGUAUGCGCUUGAUCCAUGGGGGGAGGAUGGUGACGACUACUGCUCAUGGGAUCUUGUGGAAUGCAAUAACAGAACGCAGCGAGUGUCUCAUCUCUACCUUUCCUCUGUAUAUCUGAAGACAUAUGUAGAUGAUUGUUGGUAUUUAAAUUCAUCGGUGUUUUCUGCAUUCCGCGAGCUUCAGCACCUAGAUCUAUCACUCAAUUCUUUCUGUUCAGUAAGCUUAGAAGGAUUAGUUGGACUAUCCAUGCUUCGUUAUUUCGAUAUUAGUGGCAGUUUGCUGCUGGGAGGGGGUUUCCCGGAAUUUAUUGGGCAAGUUGUUUCACUGGAAGUCUUAACUCUCAACGAUAACGAAAUGAACGGAAGUCUUCCAGCAGCAGCUGUUGAAAACCUUAGAAACUUGCGACAAUUGAAUAUGUCUAGGAAUAGCUUCAGCGGAAACCUCCCGGACUCACUAUUUGCACUUCCUCAUCUAAAGAUCCUAGAUCUCUCGGGAAAUGAAUUCGGUGGGGGUAUUCCGGGAAGUUCAUUCUCGGGGCCAAAUUCACUUGAAGUCUUAGAUCUCAGCGGUAAUAAUCUAAAUGGAACUCUCCGGAUUAGAGCUUUCAGAAACAUCACGAGCUUGAAUUUGGGUGAAAAUCGUUUUAGUGGAUCUCUCCAUGCGUCAUUAUUUUCCCUUCCUCGACUGAAGUUUCUAGGUCUCUCAGGGAAUAACUUCGAGGGACGUUUUCCUAGUACUUUGUCUUCAGACCCAGUUCCGCUUCAAGUUCUGCAUCUGGAGUAUAAUAAGUUGAGUGGAGCUCUUCCGACUGAACAAGCUUUUGUAAGUCUACAGAACCUCCGAGAGUUGUAUUUGAGUUCUAACCAAUUCAGCGGAAACUUCCCAACAUUCCUGUUUUUACUUCCACAUAUUGAACAGUUGAAUCUCUCGAGCAAUUUAUUCAAAGGACCAAUUCUGAUGAAUCCGCCUUCGAAUCUUUCUUUGUCACUUAAGAGUCUUCGGUUUUCUGGAAACAAUUUGAGUGGUAGAUUUUCUGUCAUUUGGCUUGGAAAUUUCACAAAACUAGAAGAGAUAGACCUUUCAGGCAAUGUGAACCUAGUUGUCCAUGUCAAUAUUCCUGGAUGGACGCCUAUGUUCCAACUGAAACAGCUACUGCUCUCUGGUUGUGACCUUGACAACAACAUUAUUGCAGAACCACAUUUUUUAAGCUCACAGCGUCAUUUAGAGGUGCUUGAUUUGUCCAACAAUAACUUGUCAGGCAACAUGCCAAAUUGGUUGUUUACAAAGGAAGCAACACUACAGGAUCUAAAUCUUGGAAAUAACUCGCUAACUGGAUCGCUGGACCCAAUAUGGCAUACCCAAUCUUCUCUCAGCAGUAUCAAGAUACACAUGAACCAUCUCACAGGACAGCUGCCGGCCAACCUCAGCUCAAUGUUUCCAUAUUUGGGUGCUCUAGAUGUUUCAAACAACGACUUGUUUGGGUACAUACCAAAGUCAAUGUGCGAGAUCAACUCCAUGGAAUUUUUAGACCUAUCAAACAAUAAUCUUUCUGGAGAGGUUCCAGCUUGCGUUUUUACCAACAUGGAUUUGAUCUUGAAGGUCUCAAACAACAAGCUUGGUGGUCCGAUUUUUGGUGGCAUGAAUAAUCUGUCCAGUAUACAUGAAUUGUACUUGGAUGGUAACAAAUUUAAAGGGACACUGCCUCAUGAUCUGGCCGCAGAGUUUCUAAGGAUCAUUGAUUUGCAUGAUAAUGAGCUGUCUGGCGAACUGGAUACGUCAUUUUGGAAUACGCCUUAUUUGAAAGCCCUGAAUCUUGCUGGCAACCAUAUAACCGGCAAAAUUGAUCAGCACAUUUGUGGCUUCACAGAAAUUCGCCUUGUAGAUCUAUCGCGCAACAACCUUACAGGGUCUGUACCAAACAGUUGCUUCAUGAUGCUGAAUUUUCUUAACCUUACUGGGAACUCCUUAUCUGGCAAGAUCUCUUUCCCCCUUUUCAACACAUCUAGUCUAAUUGCUUUGGAUAUCAGACAUAAUCAGUUCAUGGGCAACCUCAGUUGGGUAGGUUACCUUAAAAACAUUAGGCUACUUUCGUUGGGCGGAAAUAAGUUUGAAGGGCAGAUCACUCCAAACCUGUGCAGACUAGUGUACCUGAGGAUAAUUGAUUUGUCCCAUAACAAGCUUUCAGGUUCUCUGCCAGCAUGUAUUGGAAACAUAUCUUUCAAAGGUGACACAGAUGAUGAAAUAUUUCAGCCAAUCGAUUGGAUAGCAACUUCCACCUAUAACUCUUCCUUUGACUUGAGAGACUUCACCUUUGCUACCAAAGGUAAUCUCUAUACAUACGGUCACAAUUUCUUUGUUUCAAUGUCUGGCAUCGAUCUAUCUGCAAACAUGUUGGAUGGAGAAAUUCCUUGGGAGCUAGGAAAUCUUAGCCAUAUCAAAUCCCUUAAUCUGUCCUACAAUUUAUUUGUUGGCUCGAUCCCGACGACCAUUGGCGGCAUGAAGGAGAUAGAAAGUUUGGACCUCUCCCACAACAAGCUGAGUGGACCAGUACCUUUGCAGUUAGCCCAAUUAUCAUCAUUGGGGGCGUUCUCUGUGGCAUACAACAACUUGUCAGGAUGUAUACCAAACUCUGGUCAGCUCGGCUCAUUCAGCAUGGACAGCUACCUACCCAACACCAACCUUCACAAGAUUAUUGAGGGGAAUACUUGUGCUGCUCCCGGUCCAGAUCUUUCUUCGGUGAAAGAUGACAGAGAGACGCACAGUGCCCCAGUUCUAUAUGUGGUCACAGCUGCCGGCUUUGUGUUGGCAUUUUGGGCCACGAUUGGGUUCUCAUUUUUCCAUCCUUAUGGAAGAUCUGUAAUGCUCAACCUAUAGUUCGUGCUUGAGCUAUGUAGUGCAAGUUCUGGUCAUGUAGUGCAAGUUAUGUAAUGUGUACAGUCAAGUAGUGCUUGGGCAUUACAUUUUUUUUUACAUUGAGCAUUACAUGUUAGAUACGUAUACUUCAAAUGAAAGAUCCUAGGAGCUUCCUUACAUUUAUUUCUGGUUCUGUAAUGUAAACUAGUCCACUUUGUAACAGAUCUGUAAUGCCCAGGCUGUAGUGCUUGAACAAUUACAGAUUGUAAGUUAUGUAAUGCAAAACAGUAUUAGUUAUGUAGUGUGCAUUCCUGAAAUUUCUUACUGGGUAUGUAACAGAACUGUAUUUUGCAUCA